AUGUCGCGAGCGGUUUGCAUUAACGAGUUAUUGUGUUAUUUAUUUAAUAAUUCUGACAAAAUUGACGAUGCGGAAUUCAUUUACGAAAUAAUGGAUUUCUACAAUUGUGAAGAUAUUAGAAUAGCAAAAAAAAUACUUACCAGCGAUCUAGAUGCGUUAAAUCUAGAAAAAGAUGAUAAAAUAAAGCCAAACAGUUCUGGAAACUCUAAAAAGGACAAGGUUAGUGAUUUAAUACUAACAAUAAAAACAAUUCUGAGCAACAAAAUUGAAAGCAAAUUGCCUCAGUAUGCUGCUCUCAACCUUUUUAAAAUUCCAAGCUCAAAAAAAGCUAAAUUUGAGUCUAUUCUUGACGAAAAGUUAAAAAAAUUAGAAGAACUAUUUAUUGAAGAAAGAAACAUCUUCCGAGAAAUAGUAAAUGAUGCGGCUAUUAACAAUAGCCCAAAAGUAGAAAGAAAGCAGCAAUCUGAUUGCAAGACCGAAUCGAGCAAGCAAUCUGACUGGUCAGAGAUUGUAAAACGUAAAAUUAAAAAGAGCUCAAAUGUUCAACACGUGGCGAAUGUUCAACACGUGGCGAAUGUUCAACACGUGGCGAAUGUUCAACACGUGGCGAACAUCAAAAUGUUGAAAACAAAGAAAAAAACACACAACACUAACAUAGCAAAUAUGAAAACAGUUAUAGGCACCCAAACUGAUAAACAAACAAAUUUGAAAGCGAUGAAACCUUCGCCAAAAAGAAAAGUUUUUUACGUUGGUCGAUUGGACCAACAAUGCACUGCAAAAGAGUUAAGCGAACACAUAAAUGGAUUGAAAAUUGAGAAGUUCUCGAAGGAUAAUAAACCACGUAACAUGAACAUUUAG